AUGGAAGAGGAAAUCAAGUCAGAAUUCAAAAAAAGCGGGUUCGAUCUUGAGGAAGAAGAAGAAAUAAUGAACAAAUGUCUAACUUUCUGCAUCAACUACAGUCUCAGCGCUUCCGAUCUCGUCUCAAGCUGGGAGGUUUAUUAUCUGAAUAGACAGCUGAAUGAACCAACGGUACAAAAUGCUGAAAUGGAUGGCUUUUUGCUGCAUUUACAAAAUAAGAAGAAAGAAGAUGUUGUAAAGGAGGAAGUUGGUUUGCAUACUUACUCUAUCAGAGAUGUAGAAAUGAUCUUAAAUAAUGAUGACGAUACAAAGGAUAAUACUCCUGGAACUCCAUCAGAUCAUCAUCAAGAUCUUUAUUCACCUGUACAUGAUACAUCUUUAAUGUAUGGGAAUAAUUUAUCUUCUGGAAAACCAUCAAAACUAGAGACACCCUUUUCAAAGCGGACAGAUAGGUUUGCAGUGAAAUUUAGCAUCAACACUAUGCCUGAUGUAGAGAAUGGAGAACAAGAACCUAAUCAUGAGAAUGCUGAGAAUGAUGAGGACGAUGUUGUCAGGAAAGUUGUACCCCGGAAAAGAUGUUCAUUGGUGGUUCAUGGAUCAGAGCCCAAACCAGAUUGCAGAUUCAUGUAUGAUAGGACCGAGGAUAGGGUUAAGGCAGUAGAAAAUCGUAUUAGGAAACAUACAAGGGCACUUGUAGCUUCUGGGCUGUAUGAAGAACCAACGGAUCCUACAAUUGCUUCACAGAGAGGCAUUUUUGCCGUUGGCAUGAUUUGUUGUGAUGGAGAAGGCCGUCUAAACGAGAAGUCUGUCAUGCUUCAGAGCAGUUUUGAGCAUUCUGGAGGGGAAUGUGUUCGCCUAGACUUACAACGUUUAAGCCAUUUUUCAGUUUUUCCUGGUCAGGUAGUUGGUAUUGGAGGGCAUAAUCCUAGUGGGCAUUGCUUAGUUGCAUCUAAAUUGGUGGAUUCUAUACCUACCUCUGUUGCUGAGGAGGAUUUGAAUCCCGCAAAGAAGCAAGCUAUUGAUAGGGAAAAUCAGCCAACUGAUCUGCUUUCUAAACAGAGAGAUUUAUCGAUGAUUAUUGCAGCAGGCCCUUUUACUACCACAGACAAUUUGUUGUUUGAGCCUCUUAUAGAACUGCUAGCAUAUGCAAAGCGAAGACCGACACAGUUGCUUGUAUUGCUGGGACCAUUUAUUGACUCUGAACACCCAGACAUUAAGAAAGGAACCGUGGACAGGAGCUUUGAUGAAAUAUUUCAGUUUGAAAUUCUGAGGAAGUUGGAAGAGUAUGUAGAAUGUAUGGGUUCAGCAGCACGUGUUCUUCUUGUACCAUCUAUACGGGAUGCUAACCACGAUUUUGUUUUUCCUCAGCCUGCAUUUGAUAUCAAUCUACCUGAUCUCAAAUCUCAGAUAGUCAGUCUCCCUAAUCCUGGAAUCUUCGAGGCAAAUGAGGUCAAAGUUGGUUGCUGCACGGUGGAUAUUCUCAAGCAGGUGAGUGGGGAAGAGAUAUCACGGACUGCAAAAGAUGGAAAACCUAUUGAUCGCAUGAGUAGACUUGCAAACCAUAUUCUUAACCAACGAAGCUUCUAUCCACUUUACCCUCCGGCAGAAAGUGUUCCCUUGGACUUUUCUCUUGCUCCAGAAGCCCUUCAACUCUCAUUGGUUCCAGAUGUUCUUAUUUUACCCUCAGACAUCAAGUACUUUGUCAAGGUACUUAAUAGCGAAAGUGAAGGGAUGAACCACAUCAAAUGCAUUGCAGUCAAUCCUGGAAGACUGGCCAAGGGAGAAGGAGGGGGUACUUUUGUAGAGCUUGAUUAUUGUGGAGGUCCCGACAAAAUUAACGCUUCAAUUGUCGGCAUUUGAAUAUUAGUUCAGAACACCUUAGAUAACCGCUGAAUUUACCUCGUCACUGUUACAAAGGAAAAUUUCUUCGGGCACCUUAUAUAUAAAAUAACUUUUAACCUCGGACAAAAGUUUGUCACGAAAACUGUUAAAAUAGUUGUCCUGUUGCGACAUCGCUGUUUUGU